AUGUCAAUUUUUGCGUAUAGCAUAUUGGCUGGAUUAGCACCAUUAUUAUCAUCAUCAAUUCCUUUUUUCACAUUAAGGAAUAGAAAUAUAAAUGCAUCAGUGUUUCAUAUACUGUUGUGUAUAUCAGCAGGUUUAUUAUUUGCAGUUGCUUCACUAGAGCUAAUACCAGAAUCUAUGAAUUUAGCACUUAGAUCAUUUGAAGAAUCAACAAAAACACAAACAUCACUUAAAUCAACUACAACAAAAACAACAACAACAACAACAACAAUUGGUAAUAUAAAACUUCAAAAGAGUUUUAUAAGUAAUAGUGAAGAUAGUUUAAAUGAAUUUCAUAGUUUAGACAAUGAAAUUAAUAAACCUCCAAUUGAAGGUUUAAAUUUAAAUAAUUUAAAUCAAGCAACAAACUUGGAUAAUAAUGAAGAAGAUAAUGAUAAUUUAGAUAAUGAUGGUGAAAAUGAGAUUGAAAAUGAUCAUGACCAUGAUCACCAAGAAGAUGAAGGUGGUGAUAAUGAUCAUGAUCAUGAAAGUGAAGAAAAGAAAGAAUUUUUAAAAAUUCCAAUGUAUGGUAUUGGGUUUGGUUUUGCAAUUUUAAUUAUAGUAGAAUCAAUAUUUAGUUCAAUUGAUGGUGGUGGUGGUGGUGGUGGUCAUCAUUCUCAUAGUCAUGGUUCAUUAUCAUCCUCUUCAUCAAAUGAUGUAAUUAGUGAUUAUAUUAGUAAUAAUAAUAGUAAUAAUAUUAAUAAUAAUGAUGAUGAUAAUAAUAAUAAUAAUAAUAAUAAUGAUGAUGAUGACGAUAGUGUCGAAUUAUUAGAAAGAAAUGUUGUAAAUAAAGAUAAUAGUAAUAAUAUUAAUAAUAUUAAUAAUAAUAAUGAUGAUGAAGAUAUUAUAGUAAUAAAUAAAAGUAUUGAAAAUACUCCAAAUAUAGCAUCCCCAGUUAUGAAUAAAGAUAAUAAUAAUAAUGAUAAAGAUAAAAAUAGGAAUAGUAAUAAAUCAGAUAUUAAAAAUAGUGGUAGUAUUAAUAAUGGUAAUAAUAGCGGUAAUAAUAAUAAUAAUAAUAAAUCCAAAUUAACAAUCACAACUUUCAUUGCAUUAUCAAUUCAUUCAUUCGUUGAUGGUGUUGUAAUUUCAAGUGCAUUUUCUUCAUCACCUCAUGUUGGUGCACGUGUUGCAUUAGCAAUUGUUAUUCAUAAAAUACCUGAUGGUCUGGUUUUAAGUUCACUAAUUUUAUCACAAAAGAAAUUUAAUAGUGGAAUUUUUUCAAAUCCAUUUUUUUAUUUCCUUUUAAUUUCAUGUAUGACACCUUUAGGUUCAUUUAUAAGUAGUUUUUUAUUUGGUGGAUUAUCAUUAUCAAGUGGAGCAUUCGUAUUGGGAUUUGGUGCUGGUACAUUUAUAUAUAUUACUUCAACUGCAAUUCUACCAGAAAUAUUAUCAAAUCAAAUAGUAAAGAAAAGUACCUCUUUAUUCUCAAUAUUUUUAGGUUAUUUAUUAUUCAUUUUCCUAGAUUCACAAUUUCAUGGUGCUCAUUAA